AUGUUCAAGCCGACGUUACCGCGGUUGGGCGGUCUGCUCUGGAAAAUCCCAUGGCGUCUCUCUCCCCGACAGAAAUUCCGUCAACGAAGACGACUUCGCGCAGUCGAUACUGUCGUUGAUACCGUGGCAGCAGCCCUCGAGCGCAAUGGCAUGCCAAUGGCCAAAGCAAUCGACCGAUGGUACGACGAGAUGCCACGGGAGCAGGAGAUGUUGCCAAAGGACAAAUACACAAUCUACGAUCGCAAGGAAAAGAAAUACCGCAAGGGAAUUCAUAAAUUGCCCAAGUGGACACGAGUCAGCCAACGUGUGAAUCCUCCUGGUUUUUAA